ACCCAAACACGGAAGUGAAUCUUGUUUUCACAUUUAAGUUGCAAAAACACACAGCAAACGCGCCUGGAAAUGAACACAUACAGUCGGAGUUAAAAUGCUGAAGUUUAAACCCUAUCACAAGCUCAUGUGGACACAUGGAGAAGAUUCGAGAGCGAUUUAAACAGAAAAAGCCCUCUUGUGAAUCAGUGAGACUGAGGAAGAGGAGCUCCAUUCUGUACAGCACAGAUGUCAGGAAACCUCAAACACUCAAAUUGUUUGGCAUCAGCAUCACCGUUUUCACGGUCAUCUUCCGCCUGCUCAACUGCGUCCUGGUCCAGACCAGCUUCGUCCCGGAUGAGUACUGGCAGUCGCUGGAGAUUCCUCAUCGAAUAGUCUUUGGUUAUGGCUAUGAGACGUGGGAAUGGAAGGAAGGCAUCCGGGGAUAUUUUUAUCCUCUCCUCUUCGCUCUGAUGUACAAACUCCUGCAUCUGAUGAAUUAUGACACGGUUUAUUUAUUGAUGUUUGUGCCGCGCGUUUUCCAGGCGCUGCUGGCUGCAUAUGCCGACGUGAAGCUGUACAACCUCAUCCUGCAUUGGGACACUCCAGCUGUGGCCAAAUGGACAUAUUUCUGUCAGCUGUGUUCAUGGUUCACCUGGUUCUGCUGCAGCCGGACUCUGACCAACACUAUGGAAACGGUUUUGACCACCCUGGCGCUUUGCUUUUACCCAUUACCCGGUUCCAAAACCUACAACAGCUGGAAGUAUUUGUCUCUGGUGUCGUUGGCCGUCAUUGUCCGUCCCACAGCUCUGAUCGUCUGGCUUCCUUUGCUCUUCUAUCAUUUCUGCGUGGAACAGAACAAAUUGAAACUUGUCGUCCAGCGAUGCUUUCCUAUUGCGGCUCUCGCACUGGGUGUCUCAACACUGAUAGACUCUGUGUUCUAUGGAAAGUGGGUCCUGGUCCAGUGGAACUUCCUGAAGUUUAACGUUCUGCACAAUGUGGCGGCUUACGGAGCUCAUCCGUGGCACUGGUACUUCACUCAGGGUCUGCCCGUCGUGAUCGGCCCGCAUCUCCCUCUCUUCCUGCACGGAUGUUCACUGGCCACCAAAAAGCACAGAAUCCUGCUCAUAACCAUCUUAUGGACAACAGCCGUUUACAGUUUGCUCGCACACAAGGAGUUCCGGUUUGUUUAUCCAGUGCUGCCCUUCUGUAUGAUAUUUUGCGGUAUGUCUUUAGCGAAGCUGCAAACGUGGAGGAAACCUGCUGCUGCUGCCCUGCUCCUCUUCAAUCUGAUUCCUGCAUUAUAUACGGGUUUGAUUCACCAGCGUGGGUCUCUGGAUGUCAUGCAUGACCUGCGGCAACUAUGUGAUGCCAGCGACACUCAGAACUCAACUGAGCUGCUGUUCCUCAUGCCGUGUCACUCCACACCGCUCUACAGUCACCUGCACUGUCCACUCACACUGCGUUUCCUGGAGUGUCCACCAGAUCUGACAGGAAACGAGGAGUAUGUGGAUGAAGCAGACGUGUUCUUCUCCAACCCUCUUCACUGGCUCCAAACAUCCUUCCCAUCUCAAUCCACGUUACCUUCACAUAUAGUGCUGUUCGACGCCCUGGAGAAGGAUAUUGCAUCAUUCCUGGAGGAAAACAGAUUUGCCAAACAAGCUGAAAUAUUCCACACUCACUUUCCUGAAGGUCGACUGGGAAGGAACAUAUUAAUAUACACGAGAGGAUCUGAAACGACUAAUUAAAGUUUUAUUUUUGGAAACUGAUCUCAAACUUAAAUAAAGAGUUUUGUUUUGUUACACUGUUUCAUUUCACUCCUCUAUUUCAGAUCAAAGCAGGAGGACAAUGAUCAGUGAAGCAGUGAAAGACUUUUAUUCUAGAAUUUAAGUGCAACAUCAAGCAGUUUAAGUGCAUUUGUGUUCAAUUACAUUACAAACAAGGAAUGUAAUUUAGCCGAUAACCACACAGACAAGAAAGAGAGGGAAAAUAGUGUAACAAGUGCAGACUGAAACUAAAUCUUCAAUAAUAUUUUCUACCGAUCUGCAUGUUUAAAUAACAGGUCAAACCAGAUUACUUCAAAGUUAUUUUUAUAAUGAAGUGCAGUGCUUUUAUUAUUCUUCCAAUCUACUGAACCUUCGAGAUGAAAUUUUAAUGUAAUUUAUUUUGAUUGUUUUUUGGUCCUAAGCAAAAUUAAACACACAUUUCUGUUCUGA